GGGACUGUGAUGGCCGGAGAGAUGACGGUCUUAGCAAUGAAUAUUUAUUGAACAGUCUUCUACUGGCUAGGAACCAUUGGUGCAGGGGAUACAGCGUGACUGAAACCUGACUUCAAAGAGCUUCCAUUUAUGUUAUCAUCAGGGUUACACACUUUUAAUUCUUCUCCGAAAUAUCACCUCUUCAAGAUGUCCUUAAUUGGAUCAGCUGUUCUGACUCUCCUGUUGGCUGGCUAUUUCACGCAACAGUAUUUACCACUGCCUACUCCUAAGGUGAUUGGAAUUGACCUUGGCACUACCUACUGUUCAGUUGGGGUGUUUUUUCCUGGAACAGGAAAAGUAAAGGUCAUUCCAGAUGAAAAUGGGCACGUCAGCCUACCCAGCAUGGUGUCCUUUACUGACAGCGAUGUUUAUGUGGGGUAUGAAAGCUUAGAGCUGGCCGACUCAAAUCCUCAGAACACAAUAUAUGACGCGAAAAGAUUCAUAGGCAAGAUUUUUACCCCAGAAGAGCUAGAAGCUGAAAUUGGCAGAUACCCAUUUAAGGUUUUAAACAAAAAUGGAAUGGUUGAGUUUUCUGUGACAAGUAAUGAGACCAUCACCGUUUCCCCAGAAUAUGUUGGCUCUAGACUGUUGUUGAAAUUAAAGGAAAUGGCAGAGGAAUAUCUUGGAAUGCCAGUUGCCAAUGCUGUUAUUUCUGUACCAGCAGAAUUUGAUCUAAAACAGAGAAAUUCAACAAUUCAAGCUGCUAAACUUGCAGGACUGAAGAUCUUAAGAGUAAUAAAUGAACCCACAGCAGCAGCUAUGGCCUAUGGUCUCCACAAAGCUGAUGUCUUUCACGUCUUGGUGAUAGAUUUGGGCGGAGGAACUCUAGAUGUAUCAUUGCUGAAUAAACAAGGAGGAAUGUUUUUAACCCGAGCGAUGUCUGGAAACAAUAAACUUGGAGGACAAGACUUCAAUCAAAGAUUGCUUCAGUACUUAUAUAAACAGAUCUAUCAAACAUAUGGCUUCCUACCCUCCAGGAAAGAGGAAAUCCACAGAUUAAGACAAGCUGUAGAAAUGGUCAAAUUAAACCUGACUCUUCAUCAGACUGCCCAGAUGUCGGUAUUACUAACGGUGGAGGAAAAGGACGGGAAGGAACCUCAGAGUAGUGACACUGAACCGCCAAAGGACGAACUUUCCCCAGCAGACAGCCCCCAUGUGAACAGCAUGUUUGGAGCUAGCCUUCCUGAGAAGAAAAUUGGAGAAAGUCAGGUUUUAUUUGAAACAGAAGUAUCACGGAAGCUCUUUGACACCCUUAAUGACGAUCUUUUCCAGAAAAUACUAGUACCCAUUCAGCAAGUGUUAGAAGAAGGACACCUGGAAAAAACUGAGAUUGAUGAGGUGGUUUUGGUUGGGGGCUCAACUCGAAUUCCUCGAAUCCGCCAAGUCAUUCAAGAGUUCUUUGGAAAGGAUCCCAACACAUCUGUAGACCCUGACUUGGCAGUGGUGACAGGGGUGGCUAUCCAAGCAGGGAUUGAUGGAGGCUCUUGGCCUCUCCAAGUCAGUGCGUUAGAAAUUCCCAAUAAGCAUUUACAAAAGACCAACUUCAACUGAAUUAUGGAGGGAUGGUCAUUUGAGAUCUUGUCUGAUGAUCUCUUCCUAUUUAUCAGACCACCUCUGUCCACUAAAUCAAGUCUCUAAAAUAUCUCACACAUUUACCUAAAAGGUAACAUUUAUAUAUAUGAAAUUUUACAGAACAUUUUGUUUUAGAAUUGAAUGUGGCCAGAUUGAUCCUUGAUUUUGGAGAGAUCCCAUUUCAACAAAUACUUCUAAAGUGAAAGAAUUGAGGUAAAACUCUUACAGGAGCAUAGGUGACUGUAUUUUCUGGAUUCUGGAAGUAGAUAUCCAUGUGCACUUAAAACUAUCUUCUAUAAACAUUGCCUAGUGCCAAUUAUAGGAUUCUCAGUUCUUACUAAAUUGUAUUAGCAGGAGCUGGUAAUUUAUUUACUUGGUUAUCACAUGUAACUCUUAAAUUUGAACUAUACUUGAAGGACAGUGUUGAUGUCAGGUACUUACAGUGGCUGGGAGAUAGCAGUGUUAUUAAUAUAAGCUGCAUAUAUAAUAUUCAAUAACUGCCAUAUAUAACAAAAUUACUUUCACAAACUCAGUAUCCCAUUUUGUGUCCUAUUCCUAUAACCUGCAUUCUCCAGAUUUUCAAAAUAUAUUUAUUGGAUCAAUUUAUUUUCUUUCUAAAAUAGCUACAGAUUUAUUCAAAUGUUUCAUUACCAAUUUAUAUUUUAGUUCCUUCAUCUGCUAUGUGUCAUUCUCUGCUUCGAUUUCCAUGAUUCUGCAUGGUUUGAAAACAAUAGAGAAUUAUUAAUUACAUUUUAAAAAUGUGUUAAUGUCACAAUAAAGUCGUCAUUACUAUAAAUGUUUUUUGUUAUUUAAGACCUUUGUAGACAUUGAUAAACAGCAGUAAUUAGGUGCAGUAUUUAUUUUAUGUUUUUGUUUUCGUUUCAUUGUUUAUUUUCAGUAAGCCCUGGAGAAUUUAGCUUGCAUUUGAUUCAGUUUUACUGAGAUUUUUCCCCGUAUUUAGUUUUGAAUGAGGAAAAUUGUACUCAUUUGUAAAAACCUUGUUAUUGUUUCCUACCAUCAUUUAAAAAUAAUCAGACUUGGACUGUUUUUAGCCUUAAGGUUAGUGUGUGAUGAGAGCAAAAAGUUUGUGAAUACUGGAAAUAAUGUGGAAAUCUAAUGUGGAAGACAAUGAAAAAAAUGUCCACAAAUCCGUAUUUGUAGUAGUUUUGGUUUGUUUCCUUUUAGAAAAGAUGCAGGAACCAAGAAGGAAAAUAUAGUAGUUUUAUUUAUGUGAUGCCCCUAUUAUUUGAAGAUUUUCUUUUUCCUUAAUAGAGGCUACUUCCUAUCGAUAUUCAAAAAUUAAACUCUGGUCAGCAGUUUUGCUAAUAUAAAAUAUGUCUGCUUUGUCCAUUGCUGAAUUUGAAAGGAUGUUGAAUUUCCAACCACUGAAAAAGAGAAAUAAGCAAACUCAUUUCAGCAACAUCAAAACAUUUCUGCUUCUCAUAGUAAAAAUCUGAGUGUUUUUUGCAGAUCCUAAAAAAAAAAAAAAGUUUCUUAGCAAUGAAAUUGCUGUUAAAACAAUUUAAAUCAAAUACUUUUGUGUACAGAAAAUGCCUGUAGUAGGUAAAUAGAAAAAUAUAAAAUGUUGACAUGUUUUAUUUUAGAACUAAAUGGAGAAAUGCCAAAGAGGAAUCCUUCACUGCGUUAUGAAGCUAUUCAAGUGUUCUUUUGGACUUUAUAAAAAUCUUUACUAGAUUUUAAAAUUGAAAAAUAUCUUUUUGCAAAGGUCUUUAAGAGAAAAGUGUUCAAUUUAUCAAAAUCUCCAUAGUAACCAGCUUUAACCUAAAGCAUUUUAAGAUUUUUUUUUUUAAAGCUUGAAUUUCUCCAGUAUAUGAGAUAGUUCAGGACAAUCUGUUAACAGUCCUUAGAGGAAACAAUUUGCAAAACACGGCAGCUAAUCUCAUACUCUAAAAUUGGAAUUUAAAUAAUUUGAUUGUUUCUGAAAAAUAGGCAGUGUUGGAAUUGGGGGACAUUAGUUUAGCAUAUUAGAAAAGCAUAACUAUUCUCUAGUAUAGUUAUACCUUUAAAAUAAGUAAUGUCUUCAAUCAUAUUAGGGGGCUAUAUAUAAAUAGUCUUGAAAUGAAUGUAGUUUAUUUAUUUAAAAGGUAAAAAUGCAUUCUGAAAGGGAUCAUUUAUGCAUAAUAAUCUGAAGACAUUUUUCAUAAACAAUACAUUUUGGUUGUACAUCUUGCUAGUGUUUUUUGAAGUACAUAACUUUUAAAAUAUUAACUGUCUUGUAUGAUUAGAAUAUGUGAAUGAAUAAUUUAUUUUGUGUCAGGAAUGUUUUGGUAUUUACUGUGUUUUCACUGGAACCACUUAAUGUAUCAGCAGAUACUGUUGUGUAUAACAUGUUCUGAAGAUCCUAGUUAUUGUGCAUAACAGAUUGUGCCUCUUAGAUUUGUGUGUAUACAGGUAUUUCACAUUUUAAUGUAAAUAAAUACCACUUUGCAGUUUGUUUUUUAAA